GGUGUCCGUAGCCGGUGGGCGGGGCCGUGCCUCAGCCCCGGAAGGAAGCUCCGCGCUGCUGAGCUGGAGUUGUGUGACCCGGCGCGAUUCCGCCGCCGCCAGCAGCAUGUUCCGCAUCGAGGGGCUGGGGCCCAAGAUGGACCCGGAGGAGCUGAAGCGGAAGAUGCGGCGCGAUGUGCUCACCUCAGUCCGCAACUUCCUCAUCUAUGUGGCGCUGCUGCGCGUCGCUCCUUACAUCUUAAAGAAGCUGGAUAGUAUAUGAAUACAGAAGAGCUGCAAAGAGGAGGCUGGGUACAUGAAAACACAAAAUGGACAGUGGUUGCUUUUCCCUUUUAAGAAGCAUGGUGCCAAGGUCAGACUUCACCUGUGGAAUGGAUCUGGAAAAUGAUUAUGUUAAACAUUUGACUUUGAGAACAGGAGCCUAGCUUGAAGUAUGGAAAAAUGGUUAUUGUCCUUGCAGCUGACUCAAGGUCACACAGUGCUCCUGUGUGUCUGCAUACAACUUUUUUUUUUUUUAUUUAAGUUUAUGUUGGUACCACUCAUACUGUAUGUUUAAAAAUUGUAUCGAACUCCAUAUUUUUUUUAGAAAGUGUUAAAUGUAAGCAAACUGUUCUGGAGCUACCUCUGAAAUAUCACAGCUGUGGCUGUCAAUCUUACUGAUCCUGUCUCCAUGUGAAGAUUAAAAUGGUUUGAACCCUGAAACUACUAAAACCACCGAGGAGAAGCUGUUAACUUGAAUCCAGUUCCUUAUGGAUUUUUGUUGUUGAAAUAAAAUGGAAGAACAAUUCUAUUAUUUCAGGCGCAGUCCAGUAGUGCUCUAUUUUUAAUAAAAUCAGUUCCAUAAAUGUCCUGGGAUCUUGUA